AUGUCAGGUAGUAAUGCUACUAAUAUACUACCGCCUAUUUCAUCCAUAUCUGCCAAAACUGCUGACCCCGAUAUUAUACCAGUGGUUAACCAUGUAUCCUUUGAUGAUUUAAUACCAACCCUAACAGAUGAUCAAGCUAAUUUGUUAUUGAAAAGUCAACAACAGUAUAGCCUCAAAAAUAUCCCGCUAUCUCACCCUUUUCUGCAUGUUCCACCACAAAAUAAUCCAUUUUAUUAUGCCAAAAAAAAUAGACGAUGGAGUAGCGGUAGUGUUGAUUCUGUAGGGACACCAUUGGUUAAAAGUAAAAGUAGCAUACCCAACAGUACUGGAAGUUCCAAUAAUAAUGGUAAAAGUGUUAAGAAUCACAGUAGUGACCAACUUAAAGAGCACAAGAGUAGCAACAGUAACAGAUUUGAUGAUGAUUUUGGAUACGCACCCACCAGAAGUAUUACACAUAAUAUAGCAGAUGGGUUUUAUUAUUUUUCUGGGAAUGGCAAUACUUAUAAUAAUAAGGGCGCCGCUGAUUUGGGUUUGAAUAAAAUCAGUGGAGGUAAAAGAAUUAAUAAGCAUAGCGGAACUCAUAGUUUUAGUGAUAGUUAUGAUAGUUCCGACAAUUCUGAUCCAAGUAGCAACAGUAUAUCUUUAAUAUCAGAUGAUGAUGAUAAUGACGAUGAUGAUGACGAUGAUGACGAUGAUGAUGAUGAUGAUGAUGAUGAUGAUGAUGAUGAUGAUGAUUUUGUUGAUAGUUUGGUCACGUCUAGUUAUGGUAGAUUACCCCCACCGCCUACUAGAUCCUCACUAAAACUAAAUACCCCUGGUAACAUGGUGCAGUUUCCAAAAAAUCCGGAAACCACCAUGAGGUUUACAGAGGAUCCAGAAGCUACUAAGAGAAUCACAGAAGCCAACACUAAAGUGAAUAGUGGUAACAGCACAUUUAUAUCUACUGGAGCAUUUUCAAAUUUAAACGAAAUUGAAGAUCAGCCUAAAAAGAAGAAGGAAGAACAAGAGAAGGCCAAACUGAAGUUAACCAAUAUACUUUAUGGUAAUAAUAAUAAUAAUAAUUCGCGGAAAAAGAAAAGGUUGGUUGAUAUGACCGACGAGGAAAUUGCAGAAUUAGAAAAAAGGUUGGCAAAUAGUGGUAGUAGCACAUCUGAUACCAAUAAAUUAAGUAAUUUCCAGUUUAAUCCUGAUAUGAUGCAAGAUGCUAAAUUCCUACUAGCUGACUCAGAUAGGCGGAGACAAGCUAAAGAAGUAUUACAAAACAUUGAGAAUAGUAUUAAUAAUGGUUCAGCAACUGGCACCCAUGGUAACAAUAAUACAACUUCAUUGAUUCCUUAUCCUACCAGGCCAUGUGUAGAUCUUAAUGCUGUAAGCAUGUCAAUAGAACACCCUGAGUUUCAAAAUAUAAUAAAAAAUAACACCAAAAGAACUAUUUUAAUAUAUAUUAGUGGCAGAAUACAUACCUGGACAAGUAUAGAUUGGUAUAGUAAUAACAAUAAUGGUAAAAAUAUUGAAACCAUUGCAAAUAGUGGUGAUCACAUUGUUCUAUUUAGUACAAUACCAUCCGAUAUAUUAAUAAAUGGAGAUGAUGGUGGUACUUCAGCGAAAAGUGGUACUGCUAAUAUCCCUACCCUUGGUACUGGCGGUGCCUAUGAUAAAAACAAAAAAACAAGCAAAAAGAAUCCAGGGAUUAUAAUAAAUGACCUCGAUUUGACGAGCAGAGAAAUAAUACGUCAAAUAAUGAAAUUGUAUUAUGAUAAAUUGUAUUUGCAAAAAAAGAUUGUCAAGAUAAGUUUUGAAUUGGUUAAACAAAACGAAUCGUUAAAGGAUAUUUAUGCCAAAUUGGAAUCUUUGUACAGACCCGAUUUACAAAUUCUGACUUCAGUCAGUUUAAAUUAUUUAACUAUUAAGUUUAAUAAUGGGAAUGUGAAGUUGAGCAACUUUGUCAUUAAGCAUAGCAAUGUACCCACAAUAUUAAUACAACAUGAUUAUUUUAAACCAAUUGUUAUUGCUGCUGGCAAUACUAAUACAGUAACAAGUGUGGCAAAGGGCCAAAACAAGAAGAAAAUAUCAGCUGAUUGGUGCGAUACUUUAAUUAAGGAAACAUGUAAUAACCCAUACGAUAUGGCUAAUAGCGGCACUAGUAUGGCUGUUAAAGAGGAUGCGGAUGACGAGGUAAUGCAGUAUAAUCCAUUUAAUAAUGAUCCUAAUUUAUCAAAAAAGAAACGUAGAUUUGAGAAGUAUGGUUAUAUAAGACCAGAAUGCAAUUUUUAUAGUGGGGGAGUCAACACAGUAGCAAGUAACGAUGGCAAUAAAAACCAAGAUUUAUUAUUGCCUUCAUUGACCAAAAGAAGAUCGAACAGAAGCGUAAUUGUUCGCGAUGAGGACGAUGAUGAUUAUAAUAAUGGUAACAAGGCUUAUAAGGUUAAAUCACUGAUUAAUGGUUAUUAUAAUGAUGAUGGGAGUAAUAAUGAUAAAAACAAUAUUUCUAUUAGACAAACCAAGUCUGCUACUAUGGCGUCACCACUUUCCUCAAACUCGUUGGCACCAAACUCGGCGGGCGGGCACAAUCAUGUAAAAAGGAACAAGAACAAGAUUAAACCCAAGAGUAAGACUUCUGCGGCUAAAAGCAGUGAAAAAAAGAAGGGACUGGGAUCGUUUUUGAAAAAGACGUUUAAAAUGAAGUUUUAA